UCUAAACUAUACACGGCCACCCCCUCUUUACACACGCACACUCUUAUCUGUCUCUUCCUCACGUGCGCCGCACCACCAGAGUUCAUAUCUAUCGCCGCCGUGGAGCUAACCAAAGCGCAUCUCUGCAUUUGUACUGUUUUCCUAUUCCAAUAGAUAGAAGUGGCGUUGAUGUCACCUUGACAAGUAUAAUGGGCUUAGUAGCAGUCACAUGGCUGAAUUGUCUAAGAAGGCGUCUUCCACAAAAUACAAGACUUCUUCACACCUUGAAAGGCCAUCAAUCAGACCAAAUUUUAAUGUCUCCUGCUCUUGCUUCUCUGGACCUUCCUGACAUCUGGACUCCUAAUUCUUCAUGUCAGAGUGUUCCUGACAUACAUAAAAGCUUUAAUGAGCAAACUGCUACGGUGAUUGAUGGAAAGUUGAUGGCAACGGAAAUCAGAUCUAAAAUAGCUGAUCAGGUAAGGCAAAUGAAAAAAGGCCUAGGAAAAGUUCCCGGGUUAGCUGUUAUUUUGGUGGGCCAGAGGAGGGAUUCUCUUACUUAUGUUCGCAACAAGAUAAUUGCCUGUGAGGAAGUUGGAAUGAAGUCUGUGGUGACUGAAUUACCUACCGAUUGUGCAGAUGCUGAUGUUCAAAAUGCUAUCAUGAGAUUCAACAAGGACCCAUCAAUUCAUGGGAUUCUUGUCCAGCUUCCUCUACCACAACAUCUGGACGAGGAAAAAAUCCUAGACGCUGUAUGUCUUGAAAAGGACGUGGAUGGUUUUCAUCCUGUAAAUAUGGGAAAUCUUGCUUUAAGAGGAAGGGAGCCAUUGUUUAUUCCUUGUACCACAAAGGCCUGCAUUGAGUUGUUGAUCAGAUCUGGAGUUGAGAUUAUGGGGAAGAAGGCCGUGGUGAUAGGAAGGAGUAAUAUUGUUGGUCUGCCAACAUCGUUAUUAUUGCAGAGACACCAUGCAACAGUCACCGUCGUACAUGCAUUUACAGAAAACCCUGAACAGAUCACCUCAGAAGCUGAUAUUGUAGUUUCAGCUGCCGGAGUUCCAAAUUUGGUCUGUGGGAACUGGAUAAAGUCCGGUGCAACUGUGAUCGAUGUUGGAACAAUUCCUGUUGAGGAUCCUAGCUGCGAGGAUGGUUAUCGUCUAGUAGGCGAUGUGUGCUUUGAAGAAGUCAUAAAGGUGGCAUCUGUUAUUACUCCUGUACCUGGUGGGGUUGGACCUAUGACAGUUACUAUGCUUCUAGUUAAUACAUUAGAUUCUGCUAAACGCUUGUUUAAUUUUACUUGAUCUCUUCCCGUCGUUAUUAUAGAACUUUUUGUUGAAGGGUCAUGCUAACAUGUGCCCGUAGAGCACAUGUUAAGGUUUUCAUAAAGAGCAAAUAUUUAUUGAGAAACAUUAAAUUUUAAUCUUAUGAGAAAUAAACUGGCACAAUUUCCCAAGCAUAA